GGUGCAAUGUCAGUCUCAAUGCCCGGAGACAUCAACGGAGCGUCGACCGGAGAAUCAAACCGAGACCUAGAGCCUACAAGCAUGCUACCUGAUGUAGACCAGGCCUCCGAGCCCAGAAUCGCCUCUGACGGGGCAGGAGCGCCUUCUCCUCAUAAGGACUCAGAUCCAGCAGGGUCUUCUUCAUAUCGCGAAGAGGUCAAGCGUCAGGACUCCUCACAACCGGAGGUCAAGUCAGCGUGGACCUUCCUGCUCGACUCAGCCGAGGAGUGCGAUCAGACCAAGACGGAGAAGUGGAAGGGCGAACUGGACAACCUCCUCGUUUUUGCCGGCUUGUUCUCUGCUGUCGUAACUGGAUUCACAGUCGAGUCAUUUUCCUGGCUACAAGAAGACCCCGCGGAUACGACCAACAGAUUGCUUCUGCAAAUGUCUGCCCAGAUGGCUUCAUUCUCCACGUCUCCCGGCUUCAUCAACUCCACCGCUCCGCCCGCACCGCAGAAUAUUACCUCAACUGUCUUUCAACCAGAUAGCACCGACGUGAAUAUCAACAUGCUAUGGUUUCUCAGCCUUACCCUCAGUCUCCUUGCAGCAUUCUUCUCCAUCGCCGUCCAACAAUGGCUUCGCGCUCUCCCUCUCCCGGGGCAUCUACCUGUCCUUGACAGCAUUCGGCUCUGGGAAUACCGCACCGACCAACUCGUUCUGUGGCAAUUGCCGAAUAUUAUCAUCCUCCUGCCCGUCAGUUUACAAGUCUCCGUCGUCUUGUUCCUGACAGGUCUCUACCAACUCCUCCGAUCUCUCAACC